CUCACCGCGCUGCGUUUUCUUCUUCGACUAAGCUUCUUCUCAACGUUAAAAAAAGGUAAACAAAAUUGGUAUGUACACAUUUGAAGCUACUGCAUUUCACUGGGACAAAAGUAAGCUAUUUAGUGUCACAGCAUCGGUUGAUAUGAGGAUUGGGUGCAGAUGUAUUGCUUGCUAAGUGAGCAACAUGAUAAUGGUUUAUGAGUAACCUCCAUUCAUUUAGCUAUAUCACUAAAGCCCAACAAUAGCUAAAUCUAUUGCCACAAUUUGACAACCGCUAGCUGUCUUAUGUUAUUAUAGUUUAUGUAUACUAUCACUAAUGCAUGUAAAGGUUAAUUGAAUAACCACGUUAUUGUAGUGCUGUCCAUUCUGUACCAUUUAAGGUUACUAACCGCGUGUUGGCUCAAGUCAAUCCGACAUCAUGAGCUUGUUCGGGGCCAGCACUGGCUUUGGCGCGGGGGGAUUCGGAGCGGCAACUACGGACACCCACAACCCAAUGAAGGUAGCUAGCUAGCUAAUAACAUUCCCUAUCUGUAACCUGCUUAAUUAUCAAUAUUUUUUUACUAUUAGAACUUGUUCUGAGAGGUUUAAUUCAAAUGUAUUUGAUUUUGAAUGAUGUGUUAUCUCAUAUAGGAUGUGGAAGUAACCUCACCCCCAGAUGACAGCAUCAGUUGCUUGGCGUUCAGUCCCCCAGCCAUGCCAGGGAACUUCUUGAUAGGGGGGUCCUGGGCCAAUGAUGUGAGUCAAGUCGUCAUGUUCCACUUAAAGUGCCCACUUCAGACAUAUGCCUUUUUUGUUGCUAUGAGUCUAAAACCCAUUAACUUUGUAACAACACAUGUGACUGUUUUCUUACAUUUUUCCAGGUGAGGUGUUGGGAGGUACAGGACAACGGGCAGACAGUCCCCAAAGCCCAGCAGAUGCACACAGGUCCAGUCCUUGAUGUCUGCUGGAGCGAAGUAUUGCCCCCUCACAUCACACAUCUUUACCAACCAAAUUAGGUGUUUGAAUGAAACUUGACUUAUUCGUUACAUUGCUCUUUUAGGACGGUAGCAAGGUUUUCACUGCGUCUUGUGACAAGACUGCCAAAAUGUGGGACCUCAACAGCAACCAGGCAAUACAGAUCGCACAGGUAAAUAUUUCAGGCUAUGAACACUGUUUUCAGGGUUAAUUUUCAAUUGUUAGUUUCAUCACCUCUUUGUGCUUCCCUUGAAUACAUUAUGACAAGUUCUGUUGACACUAGAUCAUAUUAGAAAUGGUCUUUGAUUUGUGUUUCCACUUAGCAUGAUGCUCCUAUUAGAACAGUCCACUGGAUCAAAGCCCCCAACUAUAACUGCAUCAUGACAGGUAGCUGGGACAAAACUCUGAAGGUAAGAAAAAUGAUUGGGAUUGGGAACAAUCCUUGUUCCAAAAUGAUGAACUAUUUUAUAUAAUAGUUAUUAUGUAGUUAUAUAGCAUAUUAAAGGAAUAGAGCCAAACAGUCCUUUAUCCCAGCGGCAGUAAGGCUCCUGAAUGACAAUCACUAGUAGGUCCAGCGGGCUGGCUUACAGUUGACAUUGUUGUUGGCAGUGUACUGAUGUGAAAAGUGUAUAUUGUGUACAGUUGAAUCAUGAAUCCCCCAUGAAUUGCACUGUUUCUAUUAUCGUUGUGUGUAUUGUCUGUAUUUGUCCAUUGUAUGCUUGAUGAUAUGUUUAAUGUAAACAAAAUGUUCCUAUUGUGAUCAUAAAGUCAUUAUCUUAGUUAUACUUUAAUAGUUAAUUUACUCCCUUGUUUGAUUUCCUCUGCUGUAGUUCUGGGACACCCGCUCGCCCAACCCAAUCUUGUCUCUGCAGUUGCCGGAGAGGUGCUACUGUGCAGACGUGGUGAGGACCUAGUGCUAAAGCUCCAGUGGUUCAUAUUCUUUAAGUGUUUUUCUAUAAUAGCUCUGAAUAGAGUCUACAACCCACACAAGUGGCUCAGGAAGUGCAGCUCAUCCAGGAUGGCACAUCAAUGCGAGCUGUGGCAAGAAGGUUUGCUGUGUCUGUCAGCGUAGUGUCCAGAGCAUGGAGGCGCUACCAGGAGACAGGCCAAUACAUCAGGAGUCGUGGAGGAGGCCGUAGGAGGGCAACAACCCAGCAGCAGGACUGCUACCUCCGCCUUUGUGCAAGGAGGAGCAGGAGGAGCACUGCCAGAGCCCUGCAAAAUGACCUCCAGCAGGCCACAAAUGUGCAUGUGUCUGCUCAAAAGGUCAGAAACAGACUCCAUGAGGGUGGUAUGAGGGCCCGACAUCCACAGGUGGGGGUUGUGCUUACAGCCCAACACCGUGCAGGACGUUUGGCAUUUGCCAGAGAACACCAAGAUUGGCAAAUUCGCCACUGGCGCCCUAUGCUCUUCACAGAUGAAAGCAGGUUCACACUGAGCACGUGACAGACGUGACAGAGUCUGGAGACGCCGUGGAGAACGUUCUGCUGCCUGCAACAUCCUCCAGCAUGACCGGUUUGGCGGUGGGUCAGUCAUGGUGUGGGGUGGCAUUUCUUUGGGGGGCCACACAGCCCUCCAUGUGCUCGCCAGAGGUAGGCUGACUGCCAUUAGGUACCGAGAUGAGAUCCUCAGACCCCUUGUGAGACCAUAUGCUGGUGCGGUUGGCCCUGGGUUCCUCCUAAUGCAAGACAAUGCUAGACCUCAUGUGGCUGGAGUGUGUCAGCAGUUCCUGCAAGAGGAAGGCAUUGAUGCUAUGGACUGGCCCGCCCGGUCCCCAGACCUGAAUCCAAUUGAGCACAUCUGGGACAUCAUGUCUCGCUCCAUCCACCAAUGCCACGUUGCACCACAGACUGUCCAGGAGUUGGCGGAUGCCUUAGUCCAGGUCUGGGAGGAGAUCCCUCAGGAGACCAUCCGCCACCUCAUCAGGAGCAUGCCCAGGCAUUGUCGGGAGGUCAUACAGGCACGUGGAGGCCACACACACUACUGAGCCUCAUUUUGACUUGUUUUAAGGACAUUACAUCAAAGUUGGAUCAGCCUGUAGUGUGGUUUUCCACGUUAAUUUUGAGGGUGACUCCAAAUCCAGACCUCCAUGGGUUGAUAAAUUUGAUUUCCAUUGAUAAUUUUUUUGUGAUUUUGUUGUCAGCACAUUCAACUAUGCAAAGAAAAAAGUAUUUAAUUAGAUUAUUUCAUUCAUUCAGAUCUAGGAUGUGUUCUUUUAGUGUUCCCUUUAUUUUUUUGAGCAGUAUACAAUCAAUCUUGCAGAAUGCGCAGACGGGCACUCGCUAUAAGCAGCAUGUUUAGUUUGAAAAAGUGAUUGCAAAAUAGCAAAACUUUCUGCCCACACCUCUACAGAAAUGUGAUCAAAUAUGCCAUUGCUCUUUCUUUUACAAACUGCCGUGGCCUAAUUCCAAUAGUGAUGAAUGAUACAGCAAAUAAAGGGCGUUGUUGUCACCCUAAAAGGUGAAUGGAGGCUGUUUUCCGGGCUGAGUUUUAAUACUCGUUCACGUGUGCACAGUUUUACGACAGGUCUGAUUUAUAACGGGAAUCAUGCGUAUGUAUGGCGUGCACCAAGUUUAUAAAUCUCCAUAUUUUUAGACUUACGCAUUCUUUUCAGAAAUGGCGCACGCAGAUAUUUAGUGUGAAAUUUACGCAACGGUUAUAAAUGAGGCCUCUGGUUUUAUAAGCCAUGUGUUGUCAUCUCAGCUGAUUGGUUCCCUGUUGUUGUUUCCAGGUGUACCCCAUGGCAGUGGUAGCUUCUGCAGACCGAGGUUUGAUUGUAUAUCAGCUUGAAAACCAGCCGUCUGAGUUCAGGAGGAUAGACUCACCACUCAAACACCAGGUGACUGGUCUCACAUACCAGGUGACUUACAGGUCUCCCUAAAAUAGUUAUUUUGACCUCAAUGGGACUUCCUGGAUAAAUAAAGGUUACAUAAAAAAAUUAAAAAAAUACAUUUACUAGACUGUCUACUACUGUGCAUACACACACUUUUCUUCCUCACACAUAUUACACACACCUUUUCAGAGUGUAGAUUCCAUUGAUUAUCAAUUAUUCAUGAAUAGUUCAUGCCUGUGGUGUACAACCUAACACCACCUCUUCCAUCUCCCUGUAUCAGCACCGCUGCAUAGCCAUUUUUAAGGACAAACAGAACAAGCCUGCUGGAUUUGCUCUCGGGAGCAUUGAAGGGCGGGUCGCCAUUCACUACAUCAACCCCCCUAACCCGUGAGUGCCACAAACCAGGCUUUUCUUUACCAACUGUGAGAAAGACCUUGGCUACCACCCACUGCACCCUACUCACCACACUCUGUGUUUUUGUGUUGUAGAGCCAAGGAUAACUUCACCUUUAAGUGCCACAGGUCGAAUGGAACCAACACAGCCACACCACAAGAUAUCUAUGCUGUGAGUCCAGCUUGUGCUCUCUCCACCCUGCUUCCAUAUUAGUUUGGCUACAGUCAGUAGGUAGAAUAAGAUAUUGGGGUGUUUUUCAUGCAAACACCUUGCUGUUUCUGAUCAAACAGGUAAAUGCCAUCUCCUUCCACCCUGUCCACGGGACACUGGCGACUGUUGGGUCGGACGGUCGCUUUAGCUUCUGGGAUAAAGAUGCCCGCACCAAGCUGAAGACCUCGGAGCAGCUGGACCAGCCAAUCACAGCAUGCUCCUUCAACAACAACGGCAACAUCUUUGCCUACGCCUCCAGCUAUGAUUGGUCAAAGGUAACAUUUAGUCUCGUACCUCAUGUUAUGAUAGGUUGAUUUAAGACUCAUUCUAUUCCUUCAAAAUGGCCAGGCAAUAUUUUAAAUAAGCUAAAUUGAUACAUCUUUGUGUUAAAUCUCAGGGACAUGAGUACUACAACCCUCAGAAAAAGAACUACAUCUUCCUGCGUAAUGCUACUGAGGAGCUGAAACCACGGAACAAGAAAUGGUGAGUCAGACUGCCUGUGAUUGUCAUUUCAUCAAUCACGUUUGGUCACCUCUAUGGUGACCUUUACAAGACAUGAUUUUCUAUGCUCAUUAAGAAAUGUAAAACCACAUGUAUAAUGGUGGACAGGAAAAUACUUGAAAGCAAUAGACUUAAUGGCUUGUACAUUUCUCUCAUGUCUCUAGAUUUGUCCAGUGUCUCGCCUGUUGUUUGCAAAAUGGAGGGUUGUCAAACGCACACGUCAUGCCUGCACGACCCUGUUCCUAUCCUGUGCCAACACCAGUGGUGGAGCUGCUGCUUGCAAAAAAACCAAUCACCAGAGGUCUUUCAUCUACUUUGCAUUGGCCUGGCUACUCUUUCCCAGCCACGGGCAUUCCAAUAGGGGUUGGAGAGUGACAAGAUUAUAUUGUUUUGUAAUAUCUGAUAUUUUAUUUUCUAUUGUCACGAUACCAUGAUUGCAUUUAAAGUAAUGUUUUUUUUCUCUGUUACAUUGUUGUACAAUUUAAU